AUGAUUAAGCAACAACAGCCCAACUGUGAGCUCCUACUGAGCAACUUCAUCUCCACCUACCACAGCCAAUUUAGCCGGCAAUGUCGCGUUGCAGACUACGGAUUCUCCCGCCUGCUGGAUGUCAUCGACUCGCUGAACAGCGUCGUGCAUAUAGUCGGUAGUGGACCCUUGAGGACACUCAUGCUCACACAUGGUAUUCAACUGCGGCGGUUCACCCACGAUGUCCUGCGGGUUUUGAAGAGUGAGCCGAAGAAGAGCUGUCCCGUGUCGCAUUUUGCCACUCUGUAUGAGCAGGUCUUUCGAAAGGAGUUCAUUGCCUCCAACUAUGGCGUCUGCGACCUGAAUGAUCUUCUGAAUGACAUGCCGGAGAAUGUUAUAACUGUGGACAGAACAAGCAACAUGAAGCAACCCGACUUCUCAGAGCCAGGCCUGCUUGAUGUAAAUAAGUUGAACGGCCAUCGAGAACACUGGAUCCAGCACUCCUAA